AUGGCAACACUUUCUGCGCUUCUGCCUGCGCUUCUGCUGGGCGCUGUUGCUCGUGACACGCGAAUCAGCGACCCUGGGCUGUGCUGGACGGUCCCUUGCCCCUAUGACAAGAAUCGGUGCCUCCCUCGAGCGACGUCCAAGCAGCGAUUCGUCAUUAACAUCGGGCACCAGACGCGGGAGCUGACGUAUCCUAUCAUCUCGACGAGCUUUGCGGACAAUAUCGUUCCGGAGAUCAUCUGGUGGCAGUACGAAGCCUUGCCGCUCACACGCGAACUGCUGGCCUACGCCUUUCCCACUGCGAGGCUGUAUUUUGGGACGACCGACGCGCCGCGCUGCCUCAAGAGGAGGUCCUUCCGUCCGCAAGGCACACGCGGCACCUUCACAGCCGCCACCGGCAAAGCGUUCCGCGCCCUCGUCUGGCGCCGGUGCGGCAUCUCCUCGCGGCCGCCCUCCGCCCCUCUCCGGGUGCGGAUCAUCGACCGCCCGCGCGGCGGCGGCGGCUCCAAGAACCCGUGCCGGCUGCCGGGCCCGCACGUGGGAGGACGCAGUCUGUCAAACGCGACCAUCGCCGCCCUGCGGUCGCACCUGCCCGCCGCGCUGCGAUCUGCCGGGGCUGCAGAGGCUCCCCUCGAGGUGGUUCGGCUGCCGGAGCGGCCCGACUCGCUUUGCGACCAGGUAAGACGCUACGCCGAGGCGGAUGUCCUCAUCUCGCCGCACGGGGCCCACCUCGUGCACAUCCCGCAGCUGUCUCCCUCGGCCGUCUUCAUCGAGGCGGCCGCAGUAGCAGAGACAAGCUUCGCUUCCCGCAUGAGGAAACCCCAGUUCAUGGCACUCUCAAGCACAAGGGACACGGCUCAAUCUCACGCCUUCGGCCGCCGGCCGGCUCAUCCUGUCACGCGAGCCGCAAAGCCCCGUGCUCGUAGGCCGCCCGACGAGAGGAGCGGGAAGACUGAGGAGCAAUGCGGCAGGGAGGGCGGCACCGUGAGGGGGUGCUUGUACGCCGCGAUGAACUGUUUCGAGAUCGCGGUGGCCGUGGGCCGGGCGGCCGCCGCAGCGCCGACGUUCUGCAACCCGAUCGAUCUGCCGUACCGUUUCCAGCCCACCACGGGGGAGUCGUUCCGCGAAGGGGCGGACCCGACCAUGGUGGUAUUCGGCGGGCGGUACUUGCUCUUCCUGUCCAAGAAUGGCGGGUACUACGCGUCCAACGACCUGGUCCGGUGGUCCCUCAUCGUGCCGACUGGCGCUCCCGACCGACGAUUUCGCCGCCAUGUCCGGGACUCGUCCACGACGUUCGACGACUACGCGCCGACGGUGAUGCAGAUGGAGGGCCGGCUCUUCUUCACCGCGUCGCACUCGAGAGCGCUGUAUACCACCGACGACCCGUUCAAGGGCGAGUGGCGGGAGGUGGCGACCCUGCCCUCGUACGCCGACCCGGCGCUCUUCCUCGACGACGAUGGAAGAGUGUACCUGGCGUACGGUUCCCACCAGACUUGGGGCCCGACAGGUGGGGGCAACGCGUCGCACGUCGUCGAGCUCGACCCGGCGCGGGGGUGGAGGGAGGUCUCGCACCACAGCGCGGUGGCGUUCGCCGACGCCGCGCGGAACGGGUGGGAGGUGAGCGGCAACGGCAACGACGACUACAGACUUGCUCCGUAUGUGGAGGGUCCGUGGAUAACCAAGGUGGGCGACGUAUACUUCCUCCAGUAUGCCUCGCCCGGCACGCAAUUCUUCACGUACAGCGACGGCUUCUUUGUGGCGAAGAGCCUCCGCGACCUAGGCCACAGCCACCACAGCAAGUACUCGGCCGUCUCGCCUUUCUCCGCCAAGCCGACGGGCUUCAUGCGAGGCGCGGGGCAUGGCAGCAUCUUCCGCGGCCUCGACGGCGGAUUGUGGCACGUCACCAUCGCCGUCAUCGCGAGGCACAUCCGCCGACUCGUCAUCAACCCGGUGCACGUGCAGGGCGAGUGGAUGAACGCGGACACGCGCCCCGACUGGCAGCUUUUGUCACUCCACAAGCCGGCCACAGCCAGCUCCACUUCCGGCGCCAACGCCCCGUCGCGCGCCUUCGACGAGGACAUCCGCACGUGCUGGUCAGCGGAGACCGGCGCUGCGGGGGAGUGGCUGGCGGUGGAUUUGGGCGCCAACGCGACAGCCUACGCGGUGCAGCUCAACUUUGCUGAGGUGGGCGCCAAGCAGACGGGACGCCUCCCGCUCCGCGACGCGUGCCGGUACUACUGCGAGGCGUCGGCGGACGGCGUGCGGUGGGCGGUGGUACCCGAACUCGACCGCAGGGAGGGCGGGCGCGACUCGCCGCACGACUACGUCGCGCUCCUCCAGCCGCUGUCGCUGCGCCACCUCCGGGUCACCUCGGCGCACACGCCCGCCGGCGCCGCGUUUGGCCUCUCCGACCUCCGCAUAUUCGGCACGACCGCCGCCGUCAAGCCGCCGGCGAGGGUCGGCGCGCCGCGAGUGACCCGCGACAGCGCCGACGCACGGCGCGCCAGCGUUGCGUGGGACGCGGCGGCACGGGCGGAGUGGUACGUGGUGCGCUUCGGCGAGCGCGGCGCCCCCGGCCAGUUUCAUAGUUACCAGGUGUACGGCGGGGCAACGUCGCUGGAGACGCGCGCGCUGUCCGCUGGAGUCGAGUAUGACUUUGUUGUCGACGCCUUCAACGAGGGCGGGCGCACGGUGGGCACCCCAACCGCGCCUCGGCUUGCGCAGCGGCACCCGUGAACUCUGAUUUCUUGGUGUUCGCCGCGUGAAAUUCCGCCUCGAAUCCUAGUAGCGAUCUAUCUGCGUGCGUGCGUAUGAGUGAGCUCACUAGCUAGAGCUCACAC